UCACUGAGCUUCCUAUUCCCAGAUUCUUCUCUUUCUCUCUCUCUCUCUCUCUCUCUCUCUCUCUCUCUCUGAUAUUGAGAUGUUGCCAUUUCUAAAUGCACCCUCGAAGCUUCAUUUCUCCCUUACUUCGCUCUUUCCUCUGCACCCACUAUUUCCCGUCACUGCUCAAUUCAUUUCAACUCUAUCUCCUAAGUGAUACUAAAGUAUAGAGGUGUACUUACGUGAUAUAUUUUGGAUAGGAUGUUAAGUUUGAGAGAAGUUACAAGGAGAAACAAUGGGGUGCACUGCUUCUGUGUAUGCGGUUGGGAGGAGAAGGAAGAAGCCAACUAUAACAGAAGUGGUAGUCUAUGUUCCUCCAAUGCGAAUACCAGCACAAUCUGAUCUUCAAAGGUCACUUAAAGGGCUAAUUCCUCGAGAUCUUGUGGAUAGAUUGGCCUGUCUUCGCAAGCAGAUUAGUUUAGUGGCAGAGGAUACUGGUGGAUCCGCUAUGACUGAAUUAAGUCGAGCAUUGGAGGAGUAUUUGUCUCUCCUUAUUGGACUCACUAAGAAAGAACAUGGUCUUGAGAACUUGGUGGAAUUCAAGUGGAAAGUUUUAGAAGAUGGGCGACACGAAAACUCUGUCUCAAACUCCUGGUUUGAGUUUCUAUCUGUUGUUCAUAUGAUGGCAAUCCUGACUUUGUCAGAAGCUGACUCAUUGAUGAUCCCCAAGGAUCACUCUGGUUCCGGCAUAAGGGUUGUAUCUUUAGAUUGUAAGAGGGAUGCUGUUGAUUUACUGCUUAAAGCAGCAGGAUACUUGGAAUUCUGUGUUCGGGAAGUAUUGGUUCGCAUUCCGGCAGAUAUCAAGAAAGGAUUUUCAAAAGAUUUGCAAGAUGGUGUGUUGGAGGCUAUAUCCAUUCAAGCACUAGGCCAGGGAACUGAAAUUCAGCUUGGUUUAGCUCUUGAAAGUCAGAAUGCCACUUUAUCAGUAAAGAGGAGGUUGGCAUGUGAACAGCUGAUUUUCUUCAGUCAGGCUUAUCACCGCCUGUCAAAAUGUGACAUGAAUCAUGAAUAUGGAAAGAAGCAUCUCUGGUUCAUUAAGUGGAAGUUCCUUGAAGCAAAGGCAGCAGCUUACUACUACCAUGGCCUGAUCCUUGACAAGGGUAGUGAACCAGCCUGUCACGUUAGCGCUGUAUGUUGUUUUCUUGCAGCACAAGAACUUCUAACAGAGAGCAAGAGGGCCUGCUUAAGCUUUUGUCUUGCAGCACCUGUUACCAGAUCUCCUCCAAUGUGGGGUGCCAUGAAGCACUUGCAUCAGAAAAUUCCUGAAGUUGCUUCAAGGAAAUCUCAGAUGUAUGGCUACCUAUUAGAAGAAGAGAAGGCUUUGCAAGCAUUGCCUGACCUCCCAGAUUUCCAACUGUCAUUAAGACCCGACGACUAUGUAUUGCCUGAAAUGGAUGAGGCAUGGGAUAGAGAGAGGUGGAAACUCCCGAGCCAGUCCUUGAAGGAACAUCUUAAUGAUUCUGAAGAUGAGGUUGAAACUGAAUGACACCAGUUUAUCACCUUUUAUUCCUCUAAUAUAAACCGGUUUUUCCUUUUCCUCUUAUUCUUGCUGCUCUGAACGUCAUAUCAUUAGCUUAUAUUACCGCAAGUAGCAACAAAAUAAGGUUCUUCAUGUGUCUUGCAUUCCCAAAUCUAUGUAAAUUCAGUUCUACUUUUA